AGCGCCUGUGUGAUACGAGAGAACGAGAGAACGAGAUGGCAACUUACCUUACCUUGGGUAGUUAAGAAAGGGGGAAACUCUCUUUUCUAAUUGUCCAUCUAUCAUAUCACCCGUGGGACCAGCUUGUGCCUUACUUCCCUUUACCUUCGUUGCUCCCUCUUUCACCCAUUCAUCGCCGUUUGAUCCGCAUCCGGAGCUUGUUUACACUGCCCGCUUACAACCCACCAAAAAAAGGCACCCUGAGCUGAGCUGAGCAGAGCAGAGCACCGCUUCGCUACGUCAUAUCAUUAAGGCCAAUCCCCGAACAUCACAUCAGCAAACGCAGUCAGCAUACAAACUUGACUUCAUCUUGACCCAUUUCCGCCCACUCUUUUCUCUCUUUCCUCUCUCCCACCUGGCAAACGAUAUCCCAUACCGUGAACCAGCAUCCUACAGCAAACAUGGAGUCUUUCGGAGCUCUCAAGCGGCGGACGACCGAGAUCCUCCAAUCUCUCCCGCAGAACCUGCCUAACAUGCCCAACAUGCCUAAUGUCAAGAGGCCGUCUCUGUCCAGCGGAACCGGUCCCAAGCCCAUGAAGGGCACAUGGGAAAGAAUCGAUGUCCCGCCUCUCGCCCGCUCCUCCCACACCGUCAACGUCGUCAAUGGCUCUGCGUACGUCUUUGGCGGCGAGGUCAACCCCCGUGAACCCGUCGACAACGACGUCCACGUUAUUAGGCUUCCCUACAACAGCGCCGGUGCCGACUACUACAAGAUCAAGUCUGCUCCCGCGAAACAAUAUACCCCGCCCGCCGACCCCGAGCCCGCCCCGAAACAGACGGAGGAGAAGAUUGUCAAAGAGGAGCAGCCCGAGGCGUCCGGCGAUGUCGAGGAGAAGGCCGCUCUGAAGGAACAGCUCCUCGACGAUGUAUCUCUUGCCUCACCAGGCGUCACCGGAGAAGAAGAAGAAGAAUACUCGUCCCUCGGAGCCGGCGAGCAGACCACAAAUGCGCUUCCCACCGCGGCAGACAAAGGCAAAGGCCCCGCCCUGCCCGAACCCCCCGCCCUCGGCAACGUCCCGGGCCCGCGUGUUGGCCACGCAACCGCUGUCAUCGGUAGCCGUAUCUUCCUCUACGGCGGCCGCGGCGGUCCGGACAUGGCCCCCCUCGAGGAGGCCGGCCGUGUCUGGGUCUUUGACACUCGCACAAACUCCUGGUCCUUCCUUGACCCCGUACCGCCCGCUCCCGGCGUCACCAACCUCCCCAUGCCCUCCCCGCGCAGCUACCACUCCGCCGCUGCGACCGAACGCCCGCGCGACUUCGCCCCCAAGCACGCCCGCGCAAAGCAGACCUGGAGGGCCUGGGCCCAAGGCGACAGCGCCGACGUCGGCAUCCCCCAGGCCCCCAUCGUAGGCCACGCCGCAGCCAACGCCACCGACGAGGAGGACGACGGCUACGGCACCUUGUUCGUCCACGCCGGCUGCCUCGCCAACGGCGAGCGCACCAACGAUCUCUGGGCCUUUGACGUGCGGAGCCGGGUGUGGAGCCAGUUACCUUCGGCACCCGGCCCCGCGCGCGGUGGCGCCGCCAUUACCGUCAGCAAGAGCCGGCUGUUCCGCUUCGGCGGGUACGACGGCAAGGGCGAAAUCGGUGGCCAGCUCGACUUCAUCCAUCUCGAGAUGGACACCUUUGACGACGGCGUCUCCAAGGGCGAAAUCGCCGUCCACGGCCGCGGCGGCUGGCAGAGCAUCGCCCAAGGCGCGGGCGCAACCGUCGCUGCCGGUGCCGGUGCCGGUGAGCAAGAGAUCCACCUCGUUCCCGGCCAGACCUGGCCCGGUCACCGCAGCGUAGCGGGUCUCGAAGCCGUCACCGUCGGCGCAGGCCGGGAGUACCUCCUCCUCAUCAUGGGCGAGCGCGAGCCUAGCGCAGACGGCCACGCCGGCGCCGGCGCAAUGUGGGACGACGUGUGGGCGUUCCAGGUCCCGCCGCUCGGUAUGACGGCCGCCAGCGUGCGUGACGCCAUGUUGCAGGCCAUUGGCCGUCCCACGGGCGAGGGCAAGUGGACAAGGCUGUCAAUGGAGCCGUACGACGACGACAAUGACGACGGCGAGCCUGCGCCGCGCGGAUGGUUUGGGGCGGCGGCGAUGGGUGAUGUAGAGGAGGCUGGUGUCGUUGUCUGGGGAGGACUGAGCUCCGAGAACAAGAGAUUGCGAGACGGCUGGAUCCUGAGGAUCCCCGAGUGAAAUGGCUCGUUUCUAAAUUGCAUAAAAUUUGCAUAGAAGAUGGUUUUUUUUUCCCAAGGUUGAUAUCAAACACAGCAGAAUUCGAGCGGCGACUCAAUAGCAAGUGAUGAAGAAAAUAAUCUCAUCACGUUUAACAAGAUAAAAAAAAAGGAAAUUAGGCAGA